UACAAGCAGUCAUCUUACGCAUUCCCAUUCAGAAUUAAAUUAGUUUUGUGCGGAGAACGUUUAGUUUAAUAUCUUUAUCUUGUUCGAUUACGCCAUUAGUUUGCUGGAAUUUUUCACUGUUGAGGCUAUAUCGUACAAGGGAUAUUAUAGAAAUGGACGCACACAGAAACGGUGGAAAAUGUGAAAAGCCUAAGGAAAAUGGUUUUUCCACAAUUUUGAAACGAACCCGUAUCACAUCUCUUACCGAUGAAGAAACUCAUGAACUUCCCGGAACUUGUCCAGCAUGGUCUGAUAAUCUUCGUGCUGUUCUAUUUACUGAUACGGAAAUACAAAGUCAAGUACAAAAAUUAGCACGACAAAUUUGUCGUGAUUAUCAAGGUCGAAGUGUGAUAUGUGUCGGUUUGUUGAGUGGCGCAAUGGUUUUCUUAGCAGAUUUACUUCGUCAUUUUACGAUUCCGUACAAAGUUGACUUUAUGGUGGUUUCAUCAUACGGCGCAGCAACAACAUCAUCGGGUUCAAUACGAUUGAAGAAAGAUAUGAGUUUGGAUCCGAAUGGAAUGGAUGUGCUCAUAAUUGAAGAUCUGAUUGAUACAGGCAAUACAUUGCAAUGGAUAAAAACCCAUUUGAGUGGUAAAGGAUGUGCAUCGAUUAAAAUGUGUUGCCUUUUGGACAAGAAAGAACGCCGCACUGUACCGAUUACGGCUGAUUAUGUUGGAUUUGAAUGUCCCGAUGAGUUCAUCGUUGGAUAUGGAAUGGAUUAUGCCGAGGACUAUCGUUGUUUGCCGUUUAUUGGCGUGUUGAAGCCUAAAGCGUUUAUGAACUCAUAAAACAUUCUUUAUUGCAUGAGUAUAAUAGAGCGGUUUCAUGACAGUUUGUUAAAAAAGAUUUCUUCAUUUUCUCAAUAAACCGUUUGAAGACACAAUG